AUGAUUGCGGACAUUGAGGAGGUGGUGGACAUGGUUGAGGAAAAAGAGAGGGCGGAUGAACUCAGGGCACGAUUGGUGAAUGUCUUGCAGAAUGGUGUGAAGCGACCAAAGAAUUUUUCUGCCUCCGAAAGAGCAUUCGUGGCAUGGGAAAAGGAGACCAAGGAUUUCCUGAAGGAGAAUGGAAAGGAAAUUACUGUGGUGUGUGCGGACAAGGGAAAUAAAACUGUGAUAAUGGAUAGAUCAGCAUAUGAGGACAAGAUGAAAGCUUUAGUGGGUGAUCAGGAUUCCUACAAACUGUUGAAUAGAGACCCAACACAAAAAUACCAGAGAAUGGUAAAUGAAUUGGUCAGGGAUCUAUACGAUAAGAAUGUGAUAGAUUUUGAAGAAAAGAUGCGCAUCUCCAUAUCCAACGCGAUUCCACCCCGCAUGUACGGAUUGCCGAAGAUUCAUAAGGAGGGAACACCAAUGAGGCCAGUGGUUUCAUCAAUUGGCAGCCCAACAUAUGCCCUGGCAAAAUUCGCGGCUCAACAGUUGUCCCCUUUAUCGGUGAACCAGUACAAUUUGAGAAACUCGGAGGAGUUGGUGAGUUUUCUCAAGGAUCGACGUGCACCUGAAGACCACGUACUGAUAAGUCUCGAUGUGGUAUCGUUAUUUACGAAUGUGCCAAUCAGACUCAUCUUGGAGGAGGUUGAGAGACGUUAUGUGGAGCUGGAGGGACACACAUUUCUGGCAAGAAGAGACCUCAUGAAAGUAGUACAAUUGUGCUUAACAUCAGGCUAUUUUGCUUAUGGAGGUCAAUGUUAUGCUCAGGUGGAUGGAGUCGCAAUGGGAUCCCCAAUUAGUCCCAUUGUUGCGGACAUUGCCAUGCAGAGGGUUCUGGAUGUGGUUUUGGAGGGCUCAGCACUGAGGGUGGAUUUCCUGAAAAAAUAUGUGGACGAUUUACUGGUUUGCAUACACAAGGACGAUGUUCGUGAGGUCUUGGAGGUGUUCAACGCCCCCUUCCCCAAAAUCCAAUUUACGUUGGAAGAGGAAAUCAAUGGCGCGAUACCUUACCUGGAUGUGAAGAUCAGCAGGGAAUCAGAUCAAACUUUCAGCACAGUUUGGUAUGCAAAACCAACAUCGUCUCUGAGAAUGCUGAACUACAAUAGUGGCCACCCACGCAAUAUGAUCAUGAAUGUUGGAAGGGGUUUUGUGAGACGCGUGAGGAGACUCACCUCGAAACCGGAUGUGAACAUCAAUGGUAGGAUCUCAAGUAUCUUAAAAUUGAAUGAUUUCCCAGAGGCAAUGAUCAAAAGUUUGCUGAGACCUGAAAAAGAGACUCAUGUGGAAGGAGGGAACAUUGGGGAGGACGCAUCACCACCAGUUUAUCGUUCCAUGAACUACGUGAAGGGAAUUUCGGAGCGUAUGAGGAAGAUAAUUGGGAAGGCCACGGAUGCAAAAUUGGCAUUUUCCACACAACAUCAAAACAGACAGUUUUUCACCCGUCUCAAGGACCCGAUACAGGAGGGGAUGAGGUCAAACGUCGUGUAUGAGGUAUGCUGCAAAGACUGUCCCGUUAAAUACAUAGGUACAACGAAGCAGUACAUAAAACGACGUAUGCUACAACAUAACAGUGAUUGCAAACCGCCCAUAAGGAACAAGGAAGUCUCAGCAUUAUGCACACAUGUUGCAAACACGGGACACACAUUUGAUCUUAAAGAACCCAAAAUACUGGACGCCCACAAGCACUACAGGAAGAGGAUGAUGUUAGAAAUGCUACACAUAAGAAAAAACAUGGACUCGGUUGUGAACAAGAGGAGUGAUGUGGAGCAGCGCUGA